UAUUUGCUCAUCAGUUUUAAGAGAAGUUCUAUACAAUAUAAUAGCUGUAUUUAAAAAAAAAUUAGUCCCGAAAGUUUAGGUAGGGUUCUGCUUAAAGUUUUUUAUUAAAGUACUGAAUUGAUUUGAGUGCCGAUAUUGGUUAGAGUGCGAUACUAAGCGAAAGCAAUACUUUGGGAUGAGAAUUAUUUUUCAAGACUCAAAAAAAAUCACAAAUUAAGAAUAUAUAAGGAGGAAUAAAGUGUGGUACCGCACACAAGCAUAAUGGCAACAUACAAUACCAAACUUGCGCUAGAAUAUGCAGCUCCACACUUUUUGAUGUAUUAUAUUCCACUUGGGUUUUUUACAAUUAUAAUGUCUGGAGGUGCUCUUCAGUUGUUUCAAAUUCCCAAGUUGGUUGUUUUUCUCAAUCAGAUGUGGAACACUCGUCUGCAACAAGAAUUACGUGUAUAUCGAGCUAUCUCACGCGCAUUUCCAGAUAUUUCUGUGUUGACAGCAGAGGAGAAGGCGCAACAACUACGUUUGCAAAGAAGAAUCAUUGAGACUCAGUAUGCAAUUGUGGAUCGUGAACAUAUGUUGAAUAAAAUUGGAGUAUUAAUUCAGACUGUUAUUAUAAUUCUUUUGAAGCUCAUUAUAUUCGGAGUGCUAUCCUAUUUUGUAGCUAAGAAUCUGUAUAAUAUUAUUGAUUUUUACGAUUACGUAGGAAAUGACCUCAUAACUGAUAAUAAACUACUAUCACGUGUGUUACGCUUUCCAAUAGAAAGGCACCAGGAAUUAGCAGGUUUAUCAGUUCUUGUAUACUUUCUGUGCUGGUUAGUUAUAUAUUGUAUCAUCGAAGCAAUAUGCUUUUUCUACUCUCGAUACCGUAAGGCAUAAAUUCCCAAAACAAAAUUUUUUUAUUUAAAAUUCUAUGUAACUCGGUAAAAUAUAUUUUAUUAUAAUAUAGAUUUGAUUCUCUGUAAAUGUUUAGAACAUAA